AUGGCGGCGUCCACAGGAGAAUCAGUGGAUGACCGAAAUAAUUAUAAAAUAUGUAUAAUUGGUGGUGGCAUGGCUGGUCUAUCAGCAGCAAAUCACUUGUUAAAAAAUAACUUCAAUGAUUUUGUAAUUGUUGAAGCGCGGAAUCGCAUCGGUGGACGGAUCUGUUCGACAAAAAUAGGUGAAGACAAUAUCGAAUUAGGCGCAAACUGGAUCCACGGAGUGCUGGGCAACCCAAUAUUCGAGCUAGCGAUGGCAAACGGCUUGAUAAACAUAAUAAACUGUCCAAAGCCGCAUAAAGUAGUAGCAGCGAUGGAAGACGGGAAGCAAUUGCCGUUUCCAAUUCUCCAGGAAAUUUAUGAAGCAUAUGUGUGUUUUUUACGACGCUGUGGUGAAUAUUUUUUAAGUGCUUACAUGCCACCAGAAGGCAUCAACAGUGUUGGCGAGCACAUUAAAUUAGAGUCUACGUUGUAUUUGUCGUCGCUACCUGAAGAUCAGCGUAAAACGCGGCAAUUGUUGUUCGAUUGUUUGUUGAAACGUGAGACUUGUAUUACUGGCUGUGAUAGUAUGGAUCAGGUUGACCUGUUGGAGAUGGGCAGCUACGCUGAGUUGCAAGGAGGUAACAUCAGUUUACCUGGUGGUUACAGCAGCAUAUUGGAACCUGUUACCAAACACAUUCCUAAGGAUAAAAUUUUAUUGGGACAUCCUGUUACUGAAAUAAGAUGGCAAUCACCAGCAGGGGAUGAAUCACCAAAAAGUUCAAUCCGUGUAACCUGUUCAAACGGAAAAACAAUAACUGCCAAUCAACUAAUCUGUACAUUACCACUAGGCGUAUUAAAAAAGCACCCGACAAUCUUCAACCCACCGCUGCCUCAGUACAAAAAAGAAGCAAUCGACAAACUGAUGUUCGGCACCGUGGACAAAAUUUUCCUCGAGUACGAUCGCCCGUUUCUGAACCCCGGAGUGUCUGAAGUGCUUCUUCUGUGGGAUGACACUGCGAGUGACUCAGAAGACACCAACGAAAAAGACAUCAGCAAGACGUGGUACAGAAAAAUCUACUCGUUCACAAAACUCUCAGAGACAUUGUUGCUCGCGUGGAUAUCCGGUCGCGAGGCAGAGUACAUGGAGUCGUUGACGACCAAAGAAAUCUCUGAUGCGUGUACAAUGAUCCUCCGAAAAUUCUUAAACGACCCGUUUGUUCCUCUUCCGAAGAACUGUUUAAGAACCAGCUGGUUUUCUCAGCCCUGGACUUGCGGGUCUUACACUGCCGUAGCGAUUGGUUCCAGUCAGCUGGAUAUUGAAGCUCUUGCAGAACCCUUGGUCGCGGAGGAUCCGGAUGAUCCCGAGGCUGGGAGCAAAGAGAUUAUUGUUGCCUUUGCCGGCGAGCAUACCCACUCUAGUUUUUAUUCUACUGUUCACGGUGCGUAUUUGACUGGUCGCACUGCUGCGGCUAGUCUUAUUGAGUCGAAGAAAUUUUGCAAUGAGACUAGAGUCAGCAGUGAGCAAAGGUUGAGUCUUAUUUGUGAGGACACUAGUGAUCUUAGUUCGUGGAUACAAGGCAUUUCACUUAAUUAA